AACCAGCUGCAUUCUUCCCCUCAGGAGGUCUGACUUGAACUCGCUGAAGAUGGCAGAGCAGAGGAGCAGUCUACUGAAGAUGUACAGACUUCUCAUAGUGACUUUAUUUUUGCCACAUGAGAUGACAAGUUCUGUUUUAACUGUGAAUGGUAGAGCUGAGAACUAUAUCCUGGACACUCAGCGUGGUGUCCAAGAAUCUCUGGAGUGUGCUGUCCAAAAUCACACCAGGGAUGAAGAACUUCUUUGGUACCGAGAAGAUAGGAGAGUGGAUUUGAAAUCUGGCAACAAAAUCAACACCAGCUCUGUCUGUGUCUCUUCCAUCAAUGAAACGGACAAUGGCAUCAACUUUACCUGCAAGCUACAGAGAGACCAGAUGGUGUCCGUCUCGGUGGUGCUGAAUGUUAUUUUUCCCCCUCUUCUAAGUGGAAACAACUUUCAAACAGUUGAGGAAAGCAAUGAUGCAAAGUUGGUUUGCAACGUGAAAUCCAACCCCCAGGCUCAAAUGCUGUGGUAUAAAGACAACCGCGUCCUCACUCUAGAGAAAGACCAUCACCAAAUCUACCAGGCAAGUGAGUCCUUCCAGUUGUCCAUCACCAAAGUCAAGAAGUCUGACAAUGGAACCUACAGCUGUGUGGCAAAUUCAUCUCUAAAGACGGAGACCCUGGACUUUCACCUGGUUGUCAAAGAUAAAACUGUGGCUGUGCCAAUAGAGCCGAUCAUUGCUGCGUGUGUGGUGGUCUUUCUCACACUGGGUUUUGGACUGCUUGCCCGGAGGAAAAGAAUAAUGAAGCUCUGCAUGAAGGAGAGAGACCCUCCCAGAGGAACAGCGCUAUGAGGAAGCUAAAAUGCCAUCUAACGCAGAAGAGUCUUGUAUCAGGACUGGCUCAAUUUAUGUAGUCCCAUCUGUAUUUAUUGCUACUAUUAAAUCCACUCCUGUCAAGUUGUCAGAGGUUAUGAAGAGUAUUUUAUUAAUCAUGGCACAGCAGUUGCUAGAACUGAUUUGAUAUACUUACGGAACAAUUUUAUGCCAAGGGCUGUCCAGAAUGGAAAGUAAGAUUUUAUUAAGUCUUCUGCUUAAAGAUAUUAUAUGUUAAUUGAUUGAGAUUUAUUCCAACUAGUUUAGUAAUCGCUUGCUAUUUGACUUACAUUUUUCAAGGUAGGAGAUUAGCAGACAUUUGAGUUUUACAAAUCAGUGCAAUAGCAAAAAUAAUAAUAACAAUAAUAAUAAGAUAAAAGUGGUUAACAACAUAGAGUAAUCAACUUUUUAAGAGUCCAGGAACAAUUACAGAUAUCAAAUUUCUUUCAGUAUCAUUUUAUAAAAGAAAUGUCUUAGGACUAAAGAAAGAAGGAGGGAUACAAUCUCAGAAUAUAAAACACUCCUUUAAAUGGAAUAAAUUUAAUAUUAUGAAAACUUUA